AUGAGUUUAAAUUUAAUACCUCCUACGGAGGUUGGCUCGCCUAUUCCGGCCAACACACCACAUGCCGUCUCUGUAACUCUUCCUACUUGGAAAUCUAAUAUAGCCUAUGAAGAAGGUGAAGAAUGGGUAGCCUCUAAAUUGACUUCGGGAUACCCUAGAUUUUUUAUUCAUACCUUCAUUCAGAAGCUUGCGGGCUAUAUCGAGGAUCAAUAUGGAAGAGAAAAAGAGAAGUGUCUUAUAUUUCCUACAUAUGAAGUUGCAUGUCGUUGUAGAAACUUCAUUAGACAAUAUAGCAAAUUGACUGACGUUUCUCUUCGUAUUUUACAACUCAGCACACCCAAAGUUGAAAGUGAUUCAAAAAAUCUUUUACUCUUAGAUAAGGCAUCAACAACAUUUUCUGCAAUUUUUUUUCCUGAAUCAGAAUUUUAUUUAGCAAAGGCUUAUUGGCAACAUUCUGGAGAAGGGAUAUCAUCAAGGAUGGCAGAGUUCUGUUUAGAUAAGUUUUCUCAAGUUAAGAAUGAUGAUUGUGAACAUUCUCAUAUUCCGGGAUCCAAGUGUGGAGGCUUUCACAAGCCUUCAACAAAAAACAAUAUUUUGGAAUACAAAAGCCAAGAUCAAAAUAAAGAAUCGUCCACUUUUCUUGAAGAAAGAUUUGGUCGCAAUUUAGACUUGUCUUUGGCAAAGGAUGCUGAACAAGCUCUUAGAAGAAGAAUAGUUUCUAAAAUUAAUGAGAAUUCAUCAGCUUCUGAAAAUAGUGCAACAGAACAUGAUGUUUAUUUAUAUCCAUCUGGUAUGGCAAGCAUUUUUAAUGCGCAUCGAAUUACUAUGAAAGCAAGAAAUAAUACUCAAAAAAGCGUAUGCUUCGGUUUUCCAUAUGUUGACACUAGAAACAUUCUUACAAAAUUUGGUGCCGGGUUUCAUUUUUAUGGGCAAGGCGAUGAUCACGACUUAGAUAAAUUAGAAGAGUUGAUGGAGUCGGGUGAGCAGGUUUUAGCUUUAUUUUGUGAAUUUCCUUCAAACCCUCUUCUCAAAGCUCCGAAUUUGAAAAGGAUUUAUGCUCUUGCGUCCAAGUAUGAUUUUUUGGUUGUUGUUGAUGAAACUAUUGGAAACUUUUCAAAUGUGCACGUAUUACCAUUUGCUGAUAUUGUGGUCAGUAGUCUUACUAAGGUUUUCAGCGGUGACAGCAAUGUCAUGGGGGGCAGCUUGGUGUUAAACCCAGAUGGGAAAUAUUACGAUUUGCUGAAAACAACACUCGCUUCGGAAUAUGAAAAUCUACUCUGGCCUCAAGACGUAAUAUAUCUUGAAAGGAAUAGUAGAGAUUUUGUCGAAAGAAGUUCUAAAAUCAAUUGUACAACUGAAGCCGUUGCGAAUCUUUUUCAAAAUAACCCGUUAAUUAAAACGGUUUAUUAUCCAAAGCUCAACGAUUCAAGAAAAUACUACGAUGCUUGUAAAAAAAAGGAUGGAGGUUAUGGCGGGCUUCUGUCUAUUAUUUUUCACAUUCCCAAGCAUGCUCAAUUAUUUUACGACGCAGUGUUAACAGCAAAAGGCCCAUCGCUUGGGACAAAUUUUACUCUUACAUCACCUUAUGCCAUUCUUGCUCAUUAUUGUGAACUUGAUUAUAUUUCUCAAUUUGGAGUUGAUAGGAAUCUUAUCAGAAUAAGCGUAGGAUUAGAAAAUCAAGAAGAUCUGUGUAAGACUUUUCAAAAAGCUCUUGAUGUUGCUGCUACAAAAUAG